UCCCACGUUCCUCUAAUGAGCCUGGCACUGUGAUGAAACACUUGUGUCCGAUCAUCUGAGUGAAUCUUCCCAGCAACCUUAGGAGGUAAUAAUGUUUGAACGGAACUAUUAAGGGUUCUGAAGUGAAAACUCGUAAGAUUAAUAAUGGCAGGAAAAUUGUCACUUUUUAAAGUAAUUCUCCUUGGAGAUGGUGGCGUUGGGAACAGUUCUCUUAUGAAUAGAUAUGUAACUAAUAAGUUUGAUGCCCAGCUCUUCCAUACAAUAGGUGUAGAAUUUUUAAAUAAAGAUUUGGAGGUGGAUGGACAUUUUGUUACCAUGCAGAUUUGGGAUAGCGGUCAAGAGCGGUUCCGAAGCCUGAGGACACCAUUUUACAGAGGUUCUGACUGUUGCCUGCUUACUUUUAGUGUUGAUGAUUCACAGAGCUUCCAGAACUUGAGCAAUUGGAAGAAAGAAUUCAUGUAUUAUGCAGAUGUAAAAGAGCCCGAAAACUUUCCUUUUGUGAUUUUGGGCAACAGGAUCGAUAUAAGUGAACGACAGGUGUCUACAGAACAGGCACAAGCCUGGUGCAGAGAUAACAGCGACUAUCCUUAUUUUGAAACAAGUGCAAAAGAUUCCACCAAUGUUGCAGCAGCCUUUGAGGAGGCAGUUCGAAGAGUUCUGGCUACUGAGGCUAGGUCAGAUCACCUGAUUCAGACAGACACAGUCAAUCUUCACCGAAAGCCUAAACCAAGUUCAUCUUGCUGUUGAUCAUUAGAUUUUCCAUACGUUUGAACCAACUCACACAUAUACACACAGUAAAUAUGACGAGGGUGGAUAAGCAAAUUAGCAUU